UGUCCGCUCGCACGCGUGCAGACACGCGGAUUGGGAUUACAACAACUGGAGUGGCGCGCACACAAGUCGCUCGUAUUUAUGUAAUGCCAUAUGUGACUGUGAAUGUGUGUGCGUAUGCACGCUGGAGCUGGCGCGAGCUGGUCACCGCGGCGGGGACAGCGGUCACACGUUUAAACAUCAGCGACCCGUGCGUGUUUCUGCGGUCUGAGGGCUCGUGAGAAUUCAGGGGUGCGGAUUUGACCCUGCAUAUAGGAGGGCGCUCGAGCUCCACCGUUUUCACGCACGGCACGCACGUAGACCCGGUGAAAUCGUCACGCGGAUUGAAUCAGUGGAAUCAGUCGCGAGCGUGUUCCUGCGUGGCAUCCCAGCGGAGAGCGAGGUCCGGUGGGUCAGUCGGUGGUUGUUGUGAGUCUGUAGCACCGCGCAGAGAGGGGAGGCAUAGCGAGGUGUGCGGUGGACUCCUGGCUGAAUCGGAGCAUCCCACUACCGGCAGCAUACAUCCCAACGCGCCUCAGCUCCAGCGGGAGGCCCGGAGCAGCGUCAGGAUGUAGCAGCGGAUUAACGGAGGAGAGAGGGCGCUCAGAGGAAGAGAGCGGGACCGGUAGGACCGAGGCGGCGGGACGGAGGGGACAUGGGGAAGGACCAGGAGCUGCUCCAGGCCGUGAAGACCGAGGACCUGCUGACAGCUCAGCGGCUUCUACAGAGACCUCGGCCAGGGAAAGCCAAGCUCCUCGGAGCUGCAAAGCGAGUGAACGUCAACAUCCAGGAUGCUGAUGGGUUGGCACCGCUGCACCAUGCCGCUCUGAGUGGUAACAAGGAGCUCAUCUCUCUGCUGUUGGAGGCCCAGGCAGCAGUGGAUAUUAAAGACAAUAAAGGGAUGCGUCCUCUGCAUUAUGCUGCAUGGCAGGGGAAGACUGAACCAAUGAAAAUGCUGCUGAAGUCCGGAUCGUCAGUCAACGGACAGUCAGAUGAAGGACAGAUCCCUCUCCACCUAUCAUCCCAGCAUGGACACUACGAUGGGUCGGAGAUGUUGCUGCAACACCAGUCCAACCCGUGUAUCUCAGACUCAGCUGGAAAAACACCACUGGACCUCGCCUGUGAAUUUGGACGUGUCACGGUGGUCCAGCUCUUGCUCAGCAGUAACAUGUGUGCAGCCAUGCUGGAACCAAAACCCACUGACCCAAACGGAGUGUCACCUCUCCAUCUCGCUGCCAAGAACGGACACAUCGAUGUCAUACGGUUGCUGAUUCAGGCCGGGAUAGAUAUAAACAGACAGUCUGAGUCUGGCACAGCCUUACAUCAAGCAGCCCUCUGUGGGAAGACAGAGGUAGUGCGUCUGCUGCUGGAUAGUGGCAUAAGUGCAGGGGUGAGAAACACUCUGAGCCAAACUGCCCUGGACAUUGUUAACCAAUUCACCACCACACAGGCCAGUCGAGAGAUCAAACAACUACUGAGAGAUGCCUCGGCUGCGAUGCAGGUGCGUGCCCUGAAGGAUUACUGCAACAACUACGACCUUACCAGCCUCAACAUCAAAGCUGGAGACAUUAUCACGGUUUUGGAGCAGCACUCUGACGGCCGAUGGAAAGGCUGCAUUCAUGACAACCGCACAGGAAAUGACCGUGUGGGCUACUUUCCCUCCAACAUGGUGGAAGUCAUCAAGAGGGCAGGUUAUUCCCCCUCCCUGCAGUGCCACACCCUCCUGCUACGCAGGUCCAACCCCUGUCCCAUUGCCGCCGUCAACGGAAACUCAUACCCCCCCUCCAAAGUCCUCCCCCUGCAUCUGCCUCCCCCUCCUCUCAACCCCGACACACAAUCCCUCGCUCGGUUCUCCUCCUUUGGGUACGUUCCUUUUCCCAUCUCUCCUCCUUCUCUGUCCACUCCUCCUCCACCUCCUCCUCCUCCUCCUCCUCCUCCUCCCCCUCCUCUCUCCACUUCUCCGGAGCAGCAGAGUCAGAAAGGUUCACGCACUGCAGAGCUGAGUCCUCAGGGCUCUCCAACUCUUGGACAGCCAAGUGGCACCAGUGAGGACAUCUGGGUGCUGCGAAAACCGCUGGCAGGUGGCGAGCGCAGUGGCAGUGUUGGCAGCAUCGGCAGUGUUCGCUCCACCAGUAGCUUGCAGAGCUCUGGUAACACACACGUUCUGACCACCCCGGCUCCCAGUCCACACCCUGCACACACACCGGGAGUCAACACACACGGCCUUAACGCCCCAGGCCUGCAUGCACAAUCUGAAGGAGUGAAGCUCCUGGCCACGGUGCUGUCUCAGUCUGUGAAAGCCAAGGAGCAUCUCCUGGAGCAGUCGCAGUCUGUUGAGCAGUCAGCGACACAAGGCACCUCCAGUUGCACAGUUCAUGAACAGCGGUCGUUUGAGCGGAAGGCAGAGGAGGAUGAUGGGAAAAAGCAGGCAGUAGUGGCGUGGCUGGGUGAGUUUCAGCUGCAGUUCUACACCACCCACUUCCUCACCGCGGGAUAUGAUCUAGACACCAUUAGCUGCAUGACCUGCGAGGACCUGACGGCAAUUGGGGUCAUGAAGCCUGGACAUCGAAAGAAGUUAACAUCAGAGAUCAGCAAGCUGCCGUCCACAGACUGGCUGCCAGACCACAAACCUGCUAACCUGGGAGACUGGCUGUCUCACCUGGGUCUUAGUCAGUACUACCAGGUUCUGGUGCAGAAUGGGUAUGAAAACAUUGACUUCAUCUCUGACAUCAGCCUUGAAGAUCUGCAAGAGAUCGGCAUUACCAAACUCGGCCAUCAGAAGAAGCUGAUGUUGGGAGUAAGGAGACUAAAGGACCUGCAGAGGGGAGAAAGGGGCUCUGAGGACGCUCAGAGCUCCUCUUCACCUCCCCCCAGCCCAGGUGGCAAUACCAGCUCAGAGGCCAGGAGGGAGGCGAGGAAGCAGAGGGAGGGAGCCCCAAGCCCGCUGGCCAAACCUCGGCCAGGUCUAACACAUUCACAGGCGCCUCCCCACACACCAACACAAACCCCACCCCAAACCCCCCAACAUGGACGGAACCAGCAGGCCUCCCCCAGGGCUCGACCACGGCCCUCCACUCAGUUGGCAGCAGCAGAUUCAUCAGUGCCGCUGCUCCGCCUGCCCAGUGAGGAGGAAGAGCGACGGAGAACUCAUAGUCUCAUUGGCUCAGAGUCAGACUCUAGAUACGCCACUGUGUGCCGUAGCAGUUCCGCACAUCCUACCCCUAAUGAUGUCACUGUAAACCGCAGCCAGUCAUCCGUCACUCUCCGUCCACGACGUAAAGGUCGGCCCCCGACGCCACCUAAACGCUCCUGUUCUUCCAUUACUGGGGGUGAUGGGGAGGCAGAGGGACAGCUGGAGGGCCUGCUGGGGCCACCAAGCUAUCGAGAGCGGCGAGCCAGUGACUGCGGCAGCCUGGGGUCAGCGUUAAGGUCUCAGGACUCAGGGGGCCUGGAGAGAUCAGAGGGUGCUUCUGGGAGUGUCCGUAGCCUCGCUGCUAUGCUGGAAACAUCCAUUGUUGGUGGAGCUAAAACCCUGCCGAGGAAUGUGGGAGGAAGCACCAACUACCUACAGGUGAGUCCACCUGUUCUUCGUCGGCAGGCCGGUGCAGGGGGUCUUGGCUCCGAGGAGGAUGAUGUCUUAAGUCGGCGCCGGACCAUCAGCGGACCGGAAGCCCUCCCUGAUGAUCCCAUCGAACUGUUUCCUCGGCAACCAGUCCAGCAACGCCCAGAGCCUCGGCCCCGCUCCACCAUGGUUUCCUCCUCAUCAUCAGAGGUCAUGGACGGCACAGCGACGCUCCGACGAAGGCCACGUCCCGUGCCGACAGACCCCGAGGCGCCUGCAUCCGUUGAUGCUAACGCCGUUACCAUGACAACAGGCUCUGACACCAUACGCAGGAAACACCGCAGAUCUGAUCAAACAGAAAGUGUCACUCAAAGCAAUAACCAGGUGGACUCUCCCGGCAGUCACACAGAGAGUAGCCGUAAAAACGCAGGCGAGCCGCAGCAGAACGGCGGCGUGGUGCUGAGGCGGAGGCCGGUGUCCGAGGUUGCUGAUAGGACGGAGGAGAGCUGUGAGUGGAUGGAGGCGAGGAAGUCCCUGAAGCCGCCAGUCUCCCCAAAACCUUCCACUGUCAGCAUGAGGAAGACAGAAGCUGACCCCCCAACCCCGACGCGCAGGGUCCCCAUACCCGGGCCUGAGAGUACUGAGCCGGCACAGAGCCCUGAACCGAAGCGUGUCCCUCCGCCUGUAUCCCCAAAGCCCCGCGGGCCCCCGACAGCACCUAAACCCGGGAAAACAAUAGUAGGUUCAGCUGCUAUGAGCCCCAUGAGCCCUGCUGCUACCAGCCCAGCUGCGGUCAGCCCCACCCCGGGAACGGGCCCCAACUCGGCAUCAGGCCCUGUCCUGGCUCCAUGCCCCAUCCCGGCCCCCAGACCCUCAUCUCCGCUCCCUGCCACCGCCUCUCUUCCGGCUCCUGACACCCCCUCUGCUCCCUCACUCUCCAGUGGACUCCCCCUUACUUCACCCUCUCCGGCCCAGAGUCCCUCCACGCCCUCUCCACACCCGGUCAAACCUCCUCGAUCCUCCAUCGCCGGCCUCUCCAUCGAUCUGAUCGGGACACGGGAGGUGGAGGAGGAGGAGGAAAGGAAGAGAGAGGAAGAGGAGAGGAGGAGAGAGAAGGAGCACAAAAGGCACAAAGAGCAGGAAGAGGAGAGGAAGAGGGCCGAGGAGAAGAAUCUGAGGGAGCUGGAGAGCCAAGUAGAGGAAGUGAAGCAUGAGGAGGAGGAGGAGGAGGAGGAGGAGGAGGAGGAGGAGGAGCAUCGUUUGGAGGAGACCAGCGCCUCCUUGGCUGCUGCCGUGCAAGCUGUGGAAAAUAAAAUGAAAGAAGAAGACGCACAAAAUGACAAAAAGUCUUCAGUCUCCAUCUUGGACGACAUCGGCAGCAUGUUUGAUGACUUGGCAGACCAACUGGAUGCAAUGCUUGACUGAUCACUGGCCCACGCCUCAUCUCCAACAAGCCCUUUUCCCCUCUCCCUCUCAUCAUGUGUAGGUGUAUCAAGAAAACUCUCCAAGGCUCAAGGCUGGCGCUCUGAGAGUGCGAGUGUGUGUUUGAGAGUGUGUCCCUACUGCUUGAGCGCUUCUCAUGUAGCCUUGUACAACAAUACUGAGGAGGGAGUCCUCUGUGUGGCGCAGUAGCUCUAGUACGUCUUCUGACGGCGAGGAGGCCGUUCCCACACAACCUCUGACCUCUGCAGCCCAGCGACUCGCCGCCACUGCCUCACACGGCUGUGUGGACCCAGAAGCACAAUCAUGUUCAUCAUCCUUUUAUCUUUACAGACUGACAGAGAUGCUCACUCAGUCAGACAGGAAGACAAAAAGAAAAGCAUAUUGCUUGCAACAAAAAAAAAAAAAGCACAUAAACUGACUGGCAGACAGGCAGAUAGAAAGAUAGACGGAGAGAUAAGAUGCAUACAGAUGAGAGAGUUUUUAAAAGCACAUGGACAGACAGGCCGCUUUCUGAGUCUGUCCCAUCCCUACGAUGUCAAACGGAUAUAUUUUUCCAGAUGAAUCGUAGCCUGUAUUCCUCUUCUGUGUGAGCGGAGGAUUGUGGUUAGCCGGACUUCCUGACCUGUGUGUUGUCUCUCUUCAUGUUGUUGUUGUUGCUGUUGUUGUUCUUGUUGCCGUUGUUGUCGUUACGAGCGUGUGUAUUUCCCUGCUGAUGCUCAUGUCAAUGUCCUCCCACCCGUACAGUAGUUAUUCUAACGGUCAGUAAGACAAUGUAGAUGUGUGUCUAUGAAUUUUGAGACACUCACACACACUCACACACACACACACACACACACACACACACACACACACACACACACACACACACACACACACACACACAGAGAAACACACACACGCAGUUUUUAAUCUUGCUGGUGUUCUGCUUUGUUGGUGUUUAAGCUCCAUCUAUGGAGGUUUGCUCGGAAUUAAUCUAAACAUUUACAUACACACAUUACCUUAACAUGCAAAGACACAUAUAAAAAAGCACACUCAUGCUGUGUAUCCCUUUGUCCUGCUGCAGUGAACAGUGUUUUUAAAAGAUAAUCCUAUAUUUCAAUGCUUUAUAUAGUACAUCCAGUAUACAUACAUAGAGUUUAUAAUAUACCUGGGUAUUUGAGCUGUUAGAGCUCCCUCUAGUGUUGGUUAGUGAAACUGCCUCUAAUCUGCCCACCUUACAUUUUGUCUACCCUCCCCCUUUUGAUCUCCCUCUGUGUCUGUUUUGUUAACUCUGCAUCUCUCUGUGCCUUGGUAAUGUUCCGUCAUAUACUCAAAAUUAUACUUUGUCUCUUUUUUUUCUCCCACUCAUACAUGUUUAUCGUUUGUUUUUCUUUCUGUUUUUUUAACAAACUGUCGCUCCUAGUGUGUUUGUUAUGUCAGAAGUAGUUUAUAGAUUGAGUUGUGAGUCCUAUAUGAUCCCCUAAAAUCAAUCAACCCCCCCUCCCUGCAAGCUGUAACAAAUUGGCUGUGCUACUCCUCAGCUCCCCAGUUUUCAGUGGUUCACCCAUGUAGGCCAGAAACAGUGGAUCAACCACCAGUGUUCAUCCCAAUGAAGAGUCCACGUAUUUUUAUGCUCUUUAAAAACAAAGAUAUAUUUGAGAGACAGAUGGUUCUAUGUGAAUAAUAAUAUUAAUAAUUAUGAUGAUAAUUAUAGACAUUGAAUUGAGGUGAGCUGAUUGAGCCUGUACAUUUUUGGUUGAGUGUUGUGACGGCUGUUGUGCCAUGGUUGGGUUUAGGUUGUGUUUCUGCUGUGACGAUGCAUUCCUGUACAGCUGUGAUCAGAAUAAAUGUAUAAAUAAAAUCAUACAUGAUCCUUUAA